AUUCUCCCCGUCGACGCCGACAGCAGAAUCCCCACCGGCGACGCCCGCGUCAUCCCCCUAUCCGACAGCAUGACGGUAGCCUGCUUCCGCAAGAACAAACCCGGCAGCUAUAUCGCAGCAUACUACCAAGGGGUCUGUUUCCUAGACAAGCAAACGGGGCGCAUCGACUUGGUGCAGGAAAUCAUCCCGACCUCCCGGCGCGACGAACUGCGGUUCGAUGACGGCGCCGUCGAUACACGUGGGCGGUUCUGGCUCGCUGAAAUCGACAAGAAAACGCUGGCGUGCGGCGCGGACCAACUGCCGAAAGAGUAUGGGCGACCGAAGGGUAGAUUGUGGCGUUAUGAUCCGGAUAGAACGCUGCAUUGGAUGGCCGAUGGGCGGAUGAUGUGUGGGAAUGGGCUGGCGUGGAGUCCGGAUAAUAAG